AUGCGUGCACCAGCUAAAGAUACCCUCGCGGUUCACUACCAGAGCAUCAAGCCGAUCAAGGGACGGGCUACCGGACGCUCUGCAGCGAGUGUCCUUCGAGCUGCUGGCGCAAGAGUACCAGGAGCCGGCUAUCAGAACAUCACGGCACUUCUCGACUCCUCGACUCAUUGCGUCUCCCAGUUCGGCACGGCGAGGAGCACUUGUUCCUGCGGUCCCUCUUUUGUCGACAACUUUCGCUACGGCCAAGAUCCAGAGCUCCACUUUAGUGUCACUUUUGGCUCCGGCGAGAGCGUCACUGGCCCUCUCGGGCGAAGUGAUCUAUCUGUCGCCGGAUUGACUGCCAAUGUAGUGGGUUCCGAGGGGACGUUUGCCUUCCAAUACUCAUUCUAUACAAUUGCCGUCGACGGCAUUCAGUACGGACAGAUUACCGACCUUACGAAGUACUUAUACAUUAUAGACACAGGGACCACGUUGAUGCAUUUGCCUCCAAAUGUCGCCGAAGCCAUUGCGCAUUCUUUCGAGCCGAGAGGGACCUACAUUUUCCAGUAUGGAGGUUACUUUGCAGCUUGCGAUGCCGUAGCCCCCAGGGUUGCCGUCAUCAUCGAAGGCGCGCGGUUCUGGGUCAACCCAUCCGACUUGAUAUAUCGAGAGUUCCAAGACCCCGCCACGGGAAUGUGUAUGCUAGGUAUUACAUCGGGGCCUAGUAGGCCGGGCACGACCAAGUUGCCCCAGAGCGAUAAGCUCUAA